AGCUGACGGCCGACGAGGAGGAGCAGAGGGGAAGGGAGAAUUCUGACGCCAUCAUGCAGCGAAGUAUCAUGUCAUUUUUCCACCCCAAGAAGGAGGGCAAAGCAAAGAAGCCAGAGAAGGAGACAUCCAACAGCAUCAGAGAGACGGAGCCCCCUCCAAAGGUGGCGCUGAAGGAGCGGAAUGGAGUGGUGCCCGAGGGUGACUCUCCGGUGAAGAGGCCGGGGAGGAAGGCAGCCCGGGUCCUGGGCAGCGAAGGGGAGGAGGAGGAUGAAGCCCUCACGCCCCCCAAAGACCAGAAGCCUGCCCCGGACUCUCCGAAAGUCUCUCCUCCCAGUCCUGUCACACUUCCUGAGAGCAACCCUUCCCUCUCCAGCACGUCUCCUGUGCACACCUCCCCAUCAGGGAUCCCGAAGCGUCGCACAGCUCGGAAGCAGCUUCCCAAACGGGCAAUUCAGGAUGCCCUGGAAGAGGAGAGCGAGGACAAGGAUAGAGAAGCCAAGAGGAGGAAGGAGGAAGAAGAAGCAGAGACCCCGCCAGAAAGCCUCACAGAGCCUGACGUGGCCGACAAGAAGGAAACAGAAGAGGAGGACCAGCCCACAACACCCCCUGAGCCCCUAAAUGCCCCCAAAGCAGAGCCCCCGACAGACCGCGUUUCAGAGCCUGAGGGGGCUGUGAAGCAGGAACCACAGGAGGACCAGACUCAGCCUCCCCCCCGAACUCCCAAGACACUCAGUGGCUUCUUCAGCCCCCGGAAGCCGGCAGUCAAAAGAGAUGUGGAGGAAGAAGAGGGAUCUGAUGCUCCAAGAAAGGAGGAGACCAAGGGACCCCUGGACCCUCCCAGCUACAAUCCCACCAAGAACAACUACCACCCUGUUGAAGAUGCCUGCUGGAAGCCAGGCCAGAAGGUCCCCUACCUGGCUGUGGCCCGGACAUUUGAGAAGAUUGAGGAGGUGUCUGCUCGGCUCCGGAUGGUGGAGACGCUGAGCAACUUGCUGCGCUCCGUGGUGGCCCUGUCACCCCCAGACCUCCUCCCCAUCCUUUACCUCAGCCUCAACCGCCUUGGGCCGCCCCAGCAGGGCCUCGAGCUUGGCAUCGGUGACGGCAUCCUUCUCAAGGCAGUGGCCCAGGCCACAGGUCGGCAGCUCGAGUCCGUCCGGGCUGAGGCCGCCGAGAAGGGCGACGUAGGGCUGGUGGCUGAGAACAGCCGCAGCACACAGAGGCUCAUGCUGCCCCCGCCCGCUCUCACUGCCUCUGGGGUCUUCACCAAGUUCCGGGACAUCGCCCGGCUCACCGGGAGUGCCUCCACAGCCAAAAAGAUGGACAUCAUCAAAGGCCUCUUUGUGGCCUGCCGCCACUCAGAAGCCCGAUUCAUCGCCAGAGCCCUGAGUGGACGGCUGCGCCUCGGGCUGGCAGAGCAGUCGGUGCUGGCCGCCCUCGCCCAGGCUGUGAGCCUCACACCCCCGGGCCAAGAACUCCCCCCGGUCGUGGUGGAUGCUGGGAAGAGCAAGACAGCAGAGGCCAGAAAAACGUGGCUGGAGCAGCAAGGCAUGAUCCUGAAGCAGACGUUCUGCGAGGUGCCCGACCUGGACCGGAUCGUCCCCGUGCUGCUGGAGCAUGGCCUGGAACGACUCCCGGAGCACUGCAAGCUGAGCCCAGGAGUCCCCCUGAAACCAAUGUUGGCCCACCCCACCCGCGGCGUCAGCGAGGUCCUGAAACGCUUUGAGGAGGCAGCUUUCACCUGCGAGUACAAAUAUGACGGGCAGAGGGCACAGAUCCAUGUUCUAGAAGGCGGGGAGGUGAAGAUCUUCAGCAGGAAUCAGGAGGACAAUACCGGAAAGUACCCCGACGUUAUCAGCCGCAUCCCCAAGAUUAAACUCCCGUCAGUCACAUCCUGCAUCCUGGACACUGAAGCCGUGGCUUGGGACCGGGAAAAGAAGCAGAUCCAGCCCUUCCAAGUGCUCACCACCCGCAAACGCAAGGAGGUGGAUGCAGCGGAGAUCCAGGUGCAGGUGUGUUUGUACGCCUUCGACCUCAUCUACCUCAACGGAGAGUCCCUGGUACGGGAGCCUCUUUCCCGACGCCGGCAGCUGCUCCGGGAGAAUUUCGUGGAGACGGAGGGCGAGUUUGUCUUCGCCACGUCUCUGGACACCCAGGACACGGACCAGAUCGCCGAGUUCUUGGAGCAGUCGGUGAAAGACUCCUGCGAGGGGCUGAUGGUGAAAACCCUGGACGUCGACGCCACCUAUGAGAUCGCCAAGAGGUCGCACAACUGGCUCAAGCUGAAGAAGGACUACCUCGACGGCGUGGGUGACACCCUGGACCUCGUGGUGAUCGGCGCCUACCUGGGCCGGGGGAAGCGGGCCGGCCGCUACGGGGGCUUCCUGCUGGCCUGCUACGACGAGGAGAGUGAGGAGCUACAGGCCAUCUGCAAGCUUGGAACUGGCUUCAGCGACGAGGAGCUGGAGGAGCACCACCAGAGCCUGCAGGCCCUGGUGCUGCCCACCCCGCGCUCCUACGUCCGGGCGGACGGAGCCGUGGCCCCCGACCACUGGCUGGACCCCAGCACCGUGUGGGAGGUGAAGUGUGCCGACCUGUCCCUCUCCCCCAUCUACCCCGCGGCCCGCGGCAUGCUGGACGGUGUGAAGGGGAUCUCCCUUCGCUUCCCUCGGUUUAUUCGCGUCCGGGAAGACAAGAAGCCAGAGGAGGCCACCACCAGCGCCCAGGUGGCCCGUCUGUACUGGAAGCAAAGUCAGAUUCAGAACCAGCAAGGCACAGACUUAGACUCCGACCUGGAGGAUUUCUACUAGGCUCCGCCCUGCUGGGGCCCGGGGCCGGGGCGGCGGU